AUGGUCACAGCCAUGAAUGCCUCGGACGAAAUAGAGCAGAUAUUGCAGCCUUACAACUUCGAGCUGUUCCAGGACAUGAGGCCCCUUUUGGAGGAGUACUGGGCAACCUCAUUCCUCAUAGCUCUGGUCUACCUGCUACUCAUCUUUGUGGGGCAGAACUACAUGAAGGCACGGAAGGGCUUCAACCUGCAGGCGCCUCUAAUCCUUUGGUCCUUCUCCCUUGCACUCUUCAGUAUCCUGGGGGCACUGAGGACAUGGGGCCAUAUGGCUACCCUGCUACUUAAGGGGGACCUAAAGCAAACUGUGUGCUUCUCCAUCUUCAUCAGCACUCCCAUAAUCAGAUUCUGGUCCUGCCUCUUUGUUCUCAGCAAGAUCAUUGAACUUGGAGACACGGCCUUCAUCAUCCUGCGUAAGCGGCCACUCAUCUUUGUGCACUGGUACCACCACAGCACAGUGCUAGUGUAUGCGAGCUUUGGAUACAAGAACAAGGUGCCUGCAGGCGGCUGGUUCAUGACCAUGAACUUUGGUGUGCAUGCCAUCAUGUACAUCUACUACACUCUGAGGGCUGCCAAAGUAAAGUCCCCCAAGUGGUUACCCAUGCUCAUCACCAGCCUGCAGAUCCUGCAGAUGUUUAUGGGAACCAUUGUUGGCUUCCUAACUUACAUCUGGAGACAGGAACAGGGAUGCCACACCACAAUGGAACACUUCUUCUGGUCCCUUGUCUUGUAUAUGACCUAUUUCAUCCUCUUUGUCCAUUUCUUCCACCAAACCUACAUAGUGCCCAAAGUCAAAGCCAAGACCAAGAGUCAGUGA